CAUCUUACAUUUGUUUUGAUUAUAUCGUGCAGGUCUACCAUAAUGUCACGAAAGCUUCAUGUUGUUAAGAAACUUAACAGGAAUUUGUGUUUUUGAAGCAUUGUAUAUUAAACACAAUACUUAUUUCUUAAAAUACACACAAUUUGCGGUCAAUGUAACAAUGUGUCACUGCUGUAAAUACCAUAGAUUAGCCGUUAGCAACUCCGUCGUACAGUCGACCUAACUUCUAGUUUGCACCGUGUCAGCUGUUGCUGAUGAUACGAAGGUUAAGGAAUUUACGAACAGAAGUUUUCGAGAAGCACUCCUCAUCAUAUUUCAAAAAAGUUCGCUGUAAAUAUGGAAUCCACAGGAGAGUUAGAGGCAGUCACAAUGUGUGGUGAAAUCGACAUCAAAGAGGAAUCAGUAUUAACUGAUCCCAACUGGCAAUUGUUCGAAGAAACUGAACAUAUCUUCAUUAAGGAAGAGAAUGUUAAACUGGAAACCCUCGAAGAUCCUGAUGCACAUGAACCACUACAGCUGAAGAAAGAGGAAUCUCCGCCACAAGAAGAAACCAUUUCUCCACCUGAUGCAGUACACACAAAAAAAGAACCUGAGCUCCAGAAGGAAGUAGAGGCAUCAAGUUGUGGCAUUGAACCAAGAAGUAUGAUCCUCAUUGGCGCGGAGGACAACAACAGUGCCGAUGGCAGUGGCGGUUUGGCUACCAGGGUUGGAUUAGCUGCAGGAAAAGCCAACAUCGUACAGUGCACAACCAAGGCGGCAGUAUUCUCCACGCACAAAACUGGUACACGACAUCUUGCGUACAGCUGUGCCACCUGUAAGAAGAAAUUUGCACAUUUGCAGCACCUGGAAGAACACAAACAUAUAGACAGCCGUGAAUUUCAGCAUUCGUGCACCGUGUGUCACAAAACACUGAAAAGCAGCUCUACCUUGAAGGUCCACCUUCGUCUGCACACUGGUGAACGCCCGCAUCGUUGCGACGUGUGUCAGAAGGCGUUCACAACCAGCGGCGCCCUGAGAGCACAUUCACGUCAGCACACGGGUGAAUGUCCGUACACGUGUGAAGUGUGUCACAAGGUGUUCAGGAGCCAAGGCACACUGUGGAGUCAUUCGCGUCUGCAUACGGGCGAACGUCCUCACGUCUGCAAAGUGUGUCACAAGAAAUUCAUCAGUAAUAGCUGCCUGAAGAAACAUUCGCGAGUGCACAACGGCUUACGUCAAUUCACUUGUGACCUGUGUCUCAACAUAUUCACGGAAAAAGGUCUCCUUAAUAUGCACUCACAACCUUUCAGUUGCAGAUUUUGUCACAAGAAAUUCUUGUUUCCCAGCAGCUUGAACAACCAUGUACGUGUGCACACUGGGGAUCGUCCAUUCAACUGUUGCGUCUGCCACAAGACGUUCACCUUAAGUUCGAUCUUGGUGCAACCCUUGCAACUGCAUUCAGGCUAAUGCCCUUUUUGUUCUGACGCGUGCUGUAAGAGGUUAAUGAGCCGACGUUGCAUUGCGACAAACAAGAAGUUUGACAUUUUGGACAUGUCGUAAGCCUCCUGUUUGUACAAAUAGCGUUUAUUCUGAAACGUGAUAAAGUUUUGCCAUUCCUGUUACCUAUUGCGACUGACUGUCGUCACCAAGUAAACAGAGUUACUACAACUUUGUGAUACUCUUCGCUAGACACACAAACCUAGAGAACGCAGUCUGCAUUAGAAUGGGUGAUGAGUAUAAUUAUGGCUGCACCAGAAAUGAAGAUGAUAACGAAGACGUCCUAAAAGAUGUUUCAUAAAACUACAAUUGCCUGUGACUCAGUUCAUCAUUACUGUAAUAUGUAAACUGAAUAUUGUAGUUUGAGCACUGCAAUCCUAAAAGUACACUGACGGAAAAAAAUCGCUACACCAAACAGUAAUUAAUGUAGAGGAAUGAAAUUUAGGGAAUACAUUUACUAAGUAUAUCUACGUCAUUAACAUUGCAAAAAUGUUUAAGGUAAGCAAGAGAUAAGCCAUUGCAAAUAUGAAAUGCUGGUCCAUUAAUAACAGGUGUAAUCGCAAGAGUGUUGAAUGCAGGCAUGCAGAUGUGGAUGCAUUGGUGUUGCACAGGUGCUGGAUGUCAGUUUGUGGGUGAAGUUCCACGUCUUUUGCACUUGGUCGGUCAUUAGAGGAAUGAGUAAUGUUGUUUGUGAAUGAUGCUGGAGUUGUCGUCCGAUGACGUCCCAUAUGUUCUUGAUCAGAGACAGAUUUGGUGUCGAGCAGGCCAAGGCAACAUGUCCACAGUCUUGGUUUGAACGGCGGUAUGUGGACGAGUGUUAUCCUGUUGGAAAACACCCCCUGGAAUGCUAUUCAUGAACGGCAGCACAACAGGUCAUCAGACUGAUAUACACACUGUCGGUCAGGGAGCGUGGCAUAACCAUCAGAGUGCCCCUGCUGUCACACAAAACCACACCCCUGAUGACAACUCACAACUCCAGGUGUAUGUCCAGUGUGGCUAGACUGCAGACAAAUUGCUUGCAGGCUAUGGGCGGUCUGGCUCGGAGCUAUCCUUGAAGUACCGGUAACCGGUUUGUAACAGUUCGUUGUGUCAGUGUUGUGCAAACUACUGUGCAAAUUGCUGCUGCAGGUGCAGUACGACGCGACAGAGCCACACGCCGAACACGAUGGUCUUCCCUGUCCAUAGUGCCACGUGGCCGUCUCGAGCCCGCCCUUCUUUCGACCACACAUUCCCGUGGCCACUGCUGUCAGCAGUCACGUAUAAUGACUACAUUCCUGUCAGGUCUUUCUGCAGUGCCGCAGGAGAAACAUCCAUCUUCUCCUAGCCAUAUUACACGACCUCUUUCAAACUCAGUGAGGUGUUGAUAAUGGUGUUUUUGUCGCCUUAAAGGCAUUCUUGACUGACAUCAGUUCACUACAUCCAGUCUCACAGGUAACUAACGCUCACGAACGGUACAGCGUGUAUUUAAAGCAAACCUGAUUUUCAUCCGUAUGGUGGCACUACUAGCGCCAUUCUUACGCGACUGGCUCAAAAUUAGAAUAGACAUCAUCUUUCAGACGUGUAAACACGCCUACCAUCUUUCGUUUGUCACACAACUUCUUCUUGGUGCUGCAAUUAUUUUUGUCAGUGUGAUAAAAGUGUAAUCUUAGUAUAAUAGGUAUUUGCAGUAAGCUUAUUAUAUCGACUGCAGUUUGCUUCAUACGAUCAACCACAAAAGUGCAAAAUGAUCUAACUCGUGAAAUAUUCCUCAUAGCCAUAACUGUACUAUGUCAAGUUGAUUUAAAAAAUAUCAGUUCUUGUGCAUUGUCCACAAUUAAUAGUAUCAAACCUGUCUUGCCUUAGUAAGAACAGAAUACUUCAAGAUGUAAAGAAUUGCAUAAAACUUCCAUUUAGUUGCACAUCAGUAUCAAAAGAAAUAAAAAUGUGCAAAUACACGCUGAUAAAACUUUAGAUGCUACCACAUUUUGUUCUCUAAAGGGUAGUUCAAUCAGAAAAGCGCUUUAGUGGAUAAUUUGUGUUAGGCUAAUAUGUGAGCUGUUACAUCUGCUUGAUAAUGGUUACAAUAAUGGUCAGUUCACAAGGACUAACGAGGAUGGUGUCGUAUCACAAAAUUUGACAACUACGAGUGUUCUGUGUAUAAAACAGUUACUCCAGAGAGGAGACAAUAUUACAUGCCAGACAUACUUAUAUACCAGGUCGUUAUUAUUAAAAUGCAGCUACUGGCAGAGAUCCAACGUGGGCAGUAAUUAUCAUAUGGCAGCGAAACUUGGUAGAUAAAUUAAAUGCGUUAAUGUGUAACCUAUUUACGCUCUGGAAACAUUAGUUCCAAUUUUGGCCACCAGGUGCAAAUCUGGCUUUGUGAGUGCACGAAAGACGCAUAAAAUAUUUUCCUGCGUAGUGGGUUAGAAAUGGGUCAUGAGCAGAAAAGGUCAAGCGAGCGAGAAAGGCGUAACGGUGAUUUUAUUAACUGUCGAUUACACAACAUGUUCCAUAUGAGCAUCACACAGGUCAACGGGAUGCUAUACAGCGUCAAGAUUUGCACCUGGUAGCCAAAAUUUGAACUACUUUUUUUCGUUGUAAAUCGGUUCCACGUCAGCAUAUCUACCAAUUUUCGCUGCCUUACGACUUCGUGAGUACAUGCACUUCAGUUGCAACCAUCUGGUACACUAUAUGAUCAAAAGUAUUCGGACACCUGGCCGAAAAUGACAUACAAGUUCGUGGCGCCCUCCAUCGGUAAUGCUGGAAUUCAAUAUGGUGUUGGCCCACUCUUAGCUUGAUGACAGCUUCCACUCUCGCAGGUAAACGUUGGCGUUGGCGUUGGAAGGUUUCUUGGGGAAUGGCAGCCCAUUCUUCACGGAGUGCUGCACUCAGGAGAGGCAUCGAUGUCGGUCGGUGAGACCUGGCACAAAGUCAGCGUUCCAAAACGUCCCAAAGGUGUUUUAUGGGAUUCAGGUCUGGACUCUGUGUAGGCCAGUUCAUUACAGGGAUGUUAUAGUCGUGUAACGACUCUGCCAUAGGUCGUGCAUUAUGAAAAGGUGCUCGAUCUUGUUGAAAGAUGCAGUCAUCAUCCCCGAAUUGCUCUUCAACAGUGGGGAGCAAGAAGGUGUGACACGGCCACGCAAAACAACAGGGGGUGCAAGCCCCCUCCAUGAGAAACAUGAACACACUAUAACUCUACCACCUCCGGAUUCUACUGUUAGCACUACAAAUGCUGGCAGAUGACGUUCACUAUGCAUUUGCCAUACCCACACCCUGCCAUCGGAUCGGCACAUUGUGUACCGUGAUUCGUCACUCUACAACGCUUUUCCACUGUUCAAUCGUCCAAUGUUUACGCUCCUUACACCAAGCAAGGCGUCGUUCGGCAUUUACUGGAGUGAUAUGUGGCAUAUGAGCAAUCGCUUGACCAUGAAAUCCAAGUUUUCUCACCUCCCGCCUAACUAUCGUAGUACUUGCAGUGGAUCCUGAUGCAGUUUGGAAUUCCUGUCUGGAUAGAUGUCUGCCUAUUACACAUUACGACCCUCUCCAACUGUCGGCCGUUUCUGUCAUUCAACAGACGAGAUCGGUCUGAACACUCUUAUGCUACAUAUAUCCCUUCACAUUUCCACUUCAAUAUGACAUCGGAAACAGUGGACCGGGGGAUCUUUAGAAGUGUGGAAAUCUCACGUACAGACGUAUGACCCAAGUGACACCCAAUCACCUGACCACGUUCGAAGUCCGUUAGUUUUGCGGAGCGCCCCAUUCUACUAUCUGACGAUGUCUAAUGGCUACUGAGGUCGCUGACAUGGAGUAACUGGCAGUAGGUGGCAAUACAAUGCACCUAUUAUGAAAAACGUAUGUUUUGGGGGGUGUCCGGUACUUUUGAUCACACAGUGUAUAUGGUAUAGUUAGAAUUAAAGAGAUUCUCGGAGGUACUGGGCAGAUUAAAAGCUUAGAUUUAAAUCUUAAAAAAAGGUAUCAAGCAAAUAAUUAUAUGCACUUCAGUCACACAUAAGGAAACAAUGUGAACAUGCAUAAUGAAAAAUAAUGUGGCAGCAGUUUUGGAAAUUGAAAUUCAACCUCGAAGACUGGACGCAAUCAGUUUAAUUCUAAUUGUUGAAUUACGAUUGAUUUGUGUACAUUACACAGGCCCUAUAUAGUUUUGGUAGAAUGCUGCAGCGUCAAAAAGCAGUUCACUAUAUUCAGGUGGGGAUACUGACCCAUGUUAAAUGGCGAUAAGUGACAAUAAAAACUGGUGGAAUCGCUUUUCUUUAUUUAUAGGAUAUUGCUUGUAAUAUGGUUCGUAUAUAUGUAAUGGAGUGGCAGACAGUGUAGUUACCAGCUGCUAAUGUAUCAGAACGUUAUGAACCAGUCCAUAAUCAAAAACAGUGACUAGGUUGUACAUGACACAGAAAUCUUUCACGUCGAAUUUGUGAAGAAAAAAAAAAGUUGAAUGUCAAGCUGGAGAACAGCGGAACUGUUGAUUUUGUAUCAGAAACAAAAACCUGUAAUAAAUUUCAACUAAAUCUGUGAUGCACUUUUUCUGGGACCCGUUGUCAGUUAAAUAGCAGUUGCAGGCAUCUUAUACCAACAGCUGUUUCACAGCCCAUGAUUCUGCAAUAGUUUUUGUCCGCUCGUAAGCUGCAUCGUUAGUGGUCAUAUUACAGAAGGCAUGCUUUGUUGUACUCCGCCAUUUUUUCUGCUAACUGUUGCUAUAGUGCUAACCUGUUGUAUGUUAGAUAUGUUCCUGUUCGUGAAGUGUGUAUAUAAAUUAAUUUAAAUGAAUGUUUCCAUUAUUUGUAAUUUACAUAAUUUAUUUUAUUUAUCGUAUGAUGAUACAGAGCUUGGGUCAAAUAUAAAAUUUUAAAAGUAUACAGUGUAAGAGAUGACAAGCAAAAUACAGGUACAGAACCAAA